GGCGUGUCUAUUAUUAUGGCUCGUUUUAUAACAUCAUCAUCAUCAUCACUAAAAACCACUUCGACCUCACCAACGUCAUCGACGUCGUCGUUAAAGCCAACAUCCACAUUUACAUCGAUUUCUUCCCACACGAGAACAUCCAGAAAAUCCCGUUAUACCUCUAGCCAUUUGUUUAACGCGUUCGCGUUUUUAUCGCCCUCGUCGCUAUCGUUCUCGUCGUUAUCGCUGUCGUCGUCAAAUGAUUUGUAUCGUGGUUUCCUCGCCACACUCGUCAUACUGUUGCGUAUGUCAUCGGUGGCGUACGGCAUAACGGAUCGUUUAAUUGUGCAAACAACAAGUGGCCCGGUACGUGGUCGUGCGGCAACGGUGCAGGGUCGUGAAGUGCAUGUUUUUACCGGUAUACCGUAUGCAAAACCUCCUGUGGAUGACUUACGUUUUCGCAAGCCAGUACCAGCUGAACCAUGGCAUGGCGUUUUAGAUGCAACACGACUGCCAGCAACAUGUGUACAAGAGAGAUACGAGUACUUCCCUGGCUUUUCCGGUGAAGAGAUAUGGAAUCCCAACACAAAUGUAUCAGAAGAUUGUUUAUACAUGAACAUAUGGGCUCCAGCAAAAGCGCGUCUACGACAUGGUCGUGGAGCCAAUGGUGGUGAGCAUUCGUCUAAAACCGAUCCCGAUCAUUUAAUCCAUAGUGCAACACCCCAAAAUACCACAAAUGGUUUACCCAUUUUAAUAUGGAUCUAUGGUGGUGGCUUUAUGACUGGUUCGGCCACAUUGGACAUUUACAAUGCCGAAAUUAUGUCAGCGGUGGGUAAUGUGAUUGUUGCCUCAUUUCAGUAUCGUGUCGGUGCAUUUGGUUUUCUACAUCUUUCACCGGUUAUGCCAGGUUUUGAAGAGGAAGCGCCCGGCAAUGUUGGUCUCUGGGAUCAAGCCUUGGCGUUGCGUUGGCUAAAGGAAAACGCUCGUGCCUUUGGUGGCAAUCCCGAGUGGAUGACUCUGUUUGGUGAAUCAGCCGGUUCGAGUUCGGUAAAUGCUCAACUAGUGUCGCCGGUGACCAGAGGUCUAGUGAAGCGUGGCAUGAUGCAAUCGGGUACCAUGAAUGCACCCUGGAGUCACAUGACUUCAGAGAAAGCUGUAGAGAUUGGUAAAGCUUUAAUAAACGAUUGCAAUUGUAAUGCCUCAUUGUUGCAAGAUAACCCUCAAUCGGUAAUGGCCUGUAUGCGUUCGGUGGAUGCUAAAACAAUUUCAGUACAACAAUGGAAUUCCUAUUCGGGUAUUUUAAGUUUUCCCUCAGCUCCCACUAUUGAUGGUGCAUUUUUACCGGCUGAUCCCAUGACUCUUAUGAAAACAGCUGAUAUGUCCGGUUAUGAUAUAAUGAUUGGAAAUGUCAAGGAUGAGGGUACAUAUUUUCUAUUAUACGAUUUUAUUGAUUAUUUUGAUAAAGAUGAAGCAACAUCAUUGCCACGUGAUAAAUAUUUAGAAAUAAUGAAUAAUAUUUUUAAUAAGGCCACACAAGCUGAACGAGAGGCGAUCAUAUUUCAGUAUACCAGCUGGGAAGGUAAUCCAGGAUAUCAAAAUCAACAGCAAAUUGGCAGAGCUGUAGGCGAUCACUUCUUUACCUGCCCCACAAAUGAGUAUGCACAGGCAUUAGCUGAACGAGGUGCACAAGUACAUUAUUACUAUUUUACACAUCGCACUAGUACCUCCUUGUGGGGUGAAUGGAUGGGAGUGCUACACGGUGAUGAAAUCGAAUACUUCUUUGGUCAACCAUUAAAUACAUCACUGCAGUAUCGGCCCGUGGAACGAGAGUUGGGCAAACGUAUGCUCAAUUCAGUUAUUGAGUUUGCCAAAUCGGGUAAUCCAGCUGUAGAUGGUGAAGAAUGGCCAAAUUUCUCCAAAGAAGAUCCCGUUUAUUAUGUCUUCAGCACAGAUGAAAAAACUGAAAAACUACAAAGAGGUCCACUGGCCAAACGAUGCUCAUUUUGGAAUGAUUAUCUGCCGAAAGUACGAAGUUGGGUUGGUUCCGAAUGUGAAAACAACAAUGCAGAUUCUGCGGCAGUGUCCGUCAUAAGCGAGCAGCACAGUUUAAUAAAAUGGGUCAUCAUGCUCACAAUAAUGGUCAGAUGCAUUUUUCAAUAAAAAAAAUAACAAAUAAAAUAUAGAAAAUA